AUGGACUUCAACGACCUUUAUCUCUUCGUUGGCCCACCCAUGACUCGUGGACCUCCGCAAUUAUCGCUACUUCCAUUACUCCCACCGCCACCUCCAGCUGUAUCAGCACCGCUGCUUCCUCCGAUGUUGCCACGUCCUCCGAUGUCGCAAUCUAAAAGGACACAGAAGCACAAUGUGCGUCAACAACCAUAUCAUCGUCGCAAGCCAAGUCAUCGAAAUGUUGAUUUCAAAUCUCGGACUAAAGUGGAAAGUGUCGAAUUGUGUGAGGACAACGAGCGUGAGAUGCAAAUGUUGGUACCAGAGCUGGAGAUAGGAUAUCGAACCGCCAGAAAAUGUUGGCCAAGCAUCUCUACACGUGCUAUCGACACUCAAGCAACUUAUUCUUCCGUGUUGGAUAUGUGUCCCCAGUUCUUUGCUCUUGAACCCAUCAUAGGUGAGUACUUUUAG